AUGCGUGUGCUUGCGGCGCAGGCGGACUCGCUCUUCAGGGAAGGAGCUGGCAUCGAGUCUGCGAGGAAAUUCGCCCAAGCUACCGCUGUACCGUUUGAACAUGUUGCCUUGCGGUUUCUCGCCGGGGACAUGAAGGCAGCACUUGUGGAGUAUUUGCGCUGUCGGCUCAGCAGAGCCAAUGACCAGGUGACACGAGCUUUGCUCUACUCCUGGGCUGUCGAGAUCUCACUUGCAGCCCUUAACCGUUCACGCUUUGCAAAUACGUUGGGUUCCCGUGGCCACGAAGAUCGGCAAAUAUUAUUGGACCUUCUUAAAGAGAGCCGGGAUCUGGACGUUCAUGCCACCAUCUACCACUUGCUGCAGAGCCACGGCUGGUUGGAUGAAUUGGCUCAGUUUGCAGAGAUGCGACGGGAUUUCACGACUGUAAUCUUGCACCACGUAAGCCGGCGGGAUUGCCACAACGCCGUCCAGAAGCUCGCUGAAUUCAAGGGCGCUAGUGUACAAGAACUGGUUGGCCGUUUUGCUCCAGUCCUUUUUGGUGCUGUUCCCAAAGAGUUCAUCUCGCUCCUCCUGCAGAUGUCGAAGAUGGACCCGCUGGUAGUCUUGCCAGCAAUAUUCUCGCCACACGCAUCGCCUACUCACAGGGCAGAGGCCAUGCGCUAUUUGGAGCACGCAGCCCGCCAGACAGCAGAAUCCCCCGGCCAAGCUGACAUGCGAAGUUCCUUCCGUGCAGGAAGUUUGCUUCAGAAUUUGGCCAGCUGCGUGGACGACGAUGCUACUUUGAUCACUUCACAACGUUUUGGCUGGGCUACAAACACUGCCAUACUCAACACGUUCAUUCUUUGUUUAGCUGAGCCUCUGGAAGAAGCGCUUCCCCCCGAAGGUGCGGAGUCUGUCGUUCUCGAUGCAGAAGGGGCACUCUUACGGUUUCUUGCAGCAGAGGAGUCCAAUCCGUUUCUGGAUCCCCAUUUUGCUCUUCGGGUUUGUCGGCAACAAGGCUUGGUAAAAGCGCAGGUGCUCCUGUAUGGAGUCAUGGGCAUGCAUGAGGAGGCGGUUGAUGUGGCAUUGCAGCAUGAAGAUGUUACGUUGGCAAAGCGGAGCGCCUGCAAGCCUCAUCUGUCACAGAAGAGACUACGCCAAAAAUUGUGGCUGCGCAUCGUGGAACAUCAGGCCACAACCUGCGACGUGCCCAAAAUCAUCGGAUUGAUCCGAGAGUCGAAAGAGCUUACAAUCCGGGAUGUGCUGCCGUAUCUGUCGGACUCGAUGACAAUAGACGCCUUCAAGACUGAAAUUUGUGACUGCCUAGACUCCUACGAAGGCCAGAUCGUGACGUUGCGACAGGAGAUGGAUGAUCACCGACGGGCACUACAGGCCUUCAAAGAGGAUCUUAAGCAAGCAGAGGAGCGGUGCAUCUUCGUAGCUCGAGAUCAAGCCUGUGAGCUGUGUGGUGCAGACGUGGUCCACGAGCGUUUCUAUGCAUUUGCCUGCAGUCACUGCUGCCACGAAGCCUGCAUCCGCGCGCUGAUCCUCCCUGCACUCUCCGUUGAGAAGCGUGAAGAAGUGCUGAAGCUCGAGGCAGCUCGUCUACAGCAUCAGGCAACGGCGGCUGGCGCACAGCCUGCUACACAAAUGCCAACGCCGCUCGCAGAGGUGGAAGACAAGCUUGACGGAAUUCUUGCUGAAGAUUGUCCACUGUGUGGCCAGGUGAUGAUCGACACAAUAGUGAAACCUUUCAUUGAUUCCGCGGAGGUGGAUGAGAUAGAGUCCUGGGCUGUAGGAGCAAAUGCUCCACUGUAA